AAGGGCGAAAGUACACAAGGGAACAUUAGUUAAAGUCCAAACAUGAAGGGAAUCAUCGCAUUUGUGAGCAUACUCGGACUAGUGCAGUCGCUAUCGUGGGAGUGGGAAGAUUUUAAAAUCACCCAUUCCAAGGUGUAUAAGGACGAAGACGAGGAACAACUGCGUUACUACAUAUUUUAAACAAACAGGGAAAUAAUGAAAUUGCACAACGAACGUUUUGCAGCCGGUAAAGAAACCUUUAAGAUGGGUGUCAAUCAGUUUUCCGAUUUGUUGACUGAGGAAUUCGAGAAGCUCAUAUUAAGUGGCUACAAUAUGACCCAGGAGGAUGAUAAAGAUGCCGACUAUUUGGUUUACGAUCCUCCUGCCAAUCUUCGAAUUCCACCGAGCAUUGAUUGGCGUACAAAGGGUGCAGUAACUGAAGUUAAGAACCAGAAGCAUUGUGGUUCUUGUUGGGCUUUUGCUGCUGUAGCCACACUGGAGGGUCAACAUUUCCUCAAGACAGGCAGACUUGUAGCACUCUCCGAGCAGAAUCUUGUUGAUUGCUCUACGAAUGAUAAUGGAUGCCAUGGAGGAUCAAAACUAAGUGCUUUGACAUAUGUUAAGGAGAACCAUGGAUUAGAUACUGAACGAUCAUAUCGCUACAGAGCAGAACAAAUGGAUUGUCAGUUCAAAAGGUCAUACGUAGGCGCCACAGUCAAAGACAUCGUGCAGGUAAAGAGAAAUAGUGAAUCAGCACUGGCAGCAGCUGUUGCAACAAAAGGACCCGUUGCCGUGGCCGUAGAUGCCACACACAUGCAUCACUACGAAAGUGGAGUUCUGCGAAAGACUUGCCACAAGCCAGCCCAUCAUGCUGUGACUGUUGUGGGCUAUGGCGUCGAUGGAGACUAUGGAAAGUACUGGUUGAUCAAGAAUUCCUGGGGCUCUCAGUUUGGCGAGGAUGGAUAUGUUCGCAUGGCGCGCGAUGACAACAACUUGUGUCACAUUGCCAGCAGGGCUGUGUAUCCAUUGGUGUAACUACUACUUCAUAUAACUUGUCAGUUAAAUAUUUGCUAUUUUUUUACUAAAUGGUUCUGGUUCUGGUUCUAAUGAAUACUCUCUCAUUGCUACGCAUUGUUUGCAACAAUGUCAGAACUCUGUAUAAAUAUGAUGUUUUCGUUUUUGCUGUAAAUAGUUUUGUAUAAAUAGUUUAUAAACAUUAUUAUUUUAAAUAAAAUGUGUAAAUAUGUAUAUGCAUGUAAAUGGGUUUAAGCAGAUUUAGCACUGCACUUGUUCGUU